UUCUGAAAGUACAAAAGAAACCAUCUAAUAAAUUAGUUUAUUCCUGGUACUUAAUAAUAAUAAUGGAGAUUAUCUUAGCUCUGAAGUGCAUGAUAUGUAUUUGAGAAAUCCAAAGAAUGUAAUAGUUGAGAUUUCUCGUAGUGUUACUUAGUUCAUCCAAAUGAAUUACAGAUGUUUUGAACUUGUUUGUGAUUGCUUUAUUAAUUUUUUACUUAUCACAAGCUUAAACAUUUAUUUUACAAAGAUCAGUCACAUUAAAUGGCAUUUGUGUUGUUUUCUGCAUAGAAGUUUGUUAAUAUCAAGUCAUGUGAAAGUAUGUUAAUUGAUUACUAGAGUGGAACAAAUACAUGCAUUAUCAUGAUCUUUCCAUUAAAAAUAGAGGAUGUGAAAAUGUGAUGUAUUUUAUGUUUGCAAUUUACACAUACUCUCUUCCACUCCAUGUCAUAUUGAGUAAUUUUCUUGGGAAAUUCAUUACACAAGAAAAAAGUGAAGUCAGAAAGGAAAUUCAAUGUAAUAAUGGGAGUCAGAAAGAGAAUCUCUUGUACUGAAUUAUUUAAGAAAUUGAAUGUACUUCCAUUGCCAGCAAGUACUUUUUAUAACUUAUUGUAAGCAACAUGGAAAAGUUUUAAACUAAUUAAUACACAGUAUAAUCACAAGACAGGUGUGACCUUUAUACACUAACCUUAUUAGAAAAUCACAAAAGUGUCCUAUACAGGAAUAAAAAUUUUCAGUAAGCAUCCAUGAACUUGACAUAUAAAAGUAUUUAAGUCAGCGCUAAAAAAUUAUCUCCUAACUGACCACUCCUACUCCAUAGAAGAAUUUACUUCAAUUGAGAAUUCUUAGGCACUGUAAAUAUUUAUGAAAAUGAUAGUACUUUGGUAUAAUUGCCUUGUUCUGUAUAACUAGAUGUCCUUGUAAUGUGACACAUGUUAGCUGUAGCAAUUAAUUAUAUAUGUAUAAGGCUAGUUCAAAUGAAACUUGUCUGGAGUUUGUUCUAAGUGAAGGAGUAGAGGUAGUUAAAAAUUGUUCCUGUGGAUGUUGAGGUAGGGAUCCCAUUGGUAUACCAGCAGAUGGAUCCCCUCUGAAAAGAACUCAGGCUGCUCCUGGACUCACUGCACUGCCUUGAUAUCUUCAUCUGACACCAGUCGAUAGCCUUUUCUUGAAACACAUAGAACUUACACAGUGACAGGUCCCAACUCAAUGGUCUGACAUCUUCAAGCAUGCAGAGUGCAUAAGCCAUGUAAUCACAUACAAAUGGCUUUAUUCACUAGCAGCACUGUGAAUGGGUUUCAUUUGAACAACCCUCAUACAUUUAUAUUUGUAAGUUAUUAAGUAUAGGUCAAUUCAAGCAAAAUGUGGACAAAGACUGAAAUUUAUGAAACUGAGGUAAAUAUUGUAUGAAUAGUUUCUUUAAACCUAGAGAUUUUUAUAUUUGGGAUAUUUAAUGUGUGGCAACACUGGUCAUCAGGAACCAUCUUGAAAAGUGAAACUAGAAGAUUGAUGAAAGUUAUUAUUUUAAAGUAUUCUGAGUUUGUUUUCAUCACUGUGUUCCUCCUGCUGUGAAACAGUUCCAACCAUUACUUGAAAUCAACAGAAUACCCAUUCAGGUGUAAUGGCUGAAGAAGAUGAAGGGAAGGAAUACAGAUGGGAAACUGGAUAUGAAAAGACGUGGGAGGCAAUUCAGGAGGAUGAUGAAGGAUUGCUUGAAGGAUCGGUGGCGGAAAUAAUUCAGCGUGCAAAGAGGAAGCGACAGGCAGAGAGACAUGGUAAUACACGGCUUGGUAUGAUGCGUCACCUCUACGUGGUGGUCGAUAACUCGGAUUGUAUGAGUAAUCAGGAUUUAAAACCCACACGACAGCUUUGUACUAUUAAGUUGUUGGAGGGUUUCAUUGAUGAAUUUUUUGAUCAGAAUCCAAUUAGCCAGAUAGGAAUCAUCAUAACAAGAAACAAACGUGCUGAAAAAAUAAGUGAGCUAGCUGGAAAUCCAAGGAAACACAUAAAGGCAGUUCAACAGUUAACUCAAGUGGCAUGUAGUGGAGAGCCAUCUCUGCAGAAUGCCUUAGAACUUGCGUUGCGCUCAUUACGUAUGUUGCCUUCCCAUGCUAGUCGUGAAGUUCUGAUUGUGAUGGGAAGCUUAACCACAUGUGACCCUGGUGACAUCUGUGUCACAAUGCAGAACUUGAAAGCUCAGUCUGUCCGCUGCUCAGUGAUAUCUUUAGCAGCAGAAGUUCAUGUUUGCCACAAGCUGUGUCGCGAGACAGGAGGUCUGUUCGGAGUGAUACUUGAUGACUGUCACUUUCGGGAUCAGCUCUUCCAGCACAUUGAUCCCCCGCCAGCCGCCACGUUACUCGACUCGUCUCUGAUCAAGAUGGGGUUUCCCCACCACAUGAUGCACGAAGGAAAGGAGACACCACUCACUUUGUGCAUGUGCCAUGUGGAUUCAUCAGACGUAGAAGGCAGUAGGUUGAAUAGUGGAGGGUAUUUCUGUCCCCAGUGCUGCAGCAAAUAUUGUGAACUUCCUGUGGAGUGCAAGUCUUGUGGAUUGACAUUAGUGUCUGCACCACAUUUAGCCAGAUCCUAUCACCAUUUGUUUCCAGUUGAAAAUUUUAAGGAACUGGAAUUUAAAGAUAUGCAGGACAAGAUUGAGUUGUGUUUCGCAUGUCAGAAAAGAUUUGGAGAACACGAUAAGCACGUUUAUGAAUGUGGGACAUGCAGCAAUAUAUUUUGCUUAGACUGUGAUCUGUUUAUUCAUGACUUACUGCACACAUGCCCUGGAUGCGCUACAAAUCAUUCAACCUUCCAGACAGUGGGAAAUGAAACUAUGCCUCCAAGAUAGUCAUGAGUUUCAAAGACUCACAUGUGACGACAUUCUACUACGUCGGUUAUCUGCAGGUGCUGUUUCGAGCAGUGUCUAUCUGUCAGAUACCUAACAUAAGGGUCUAUGAAACUUCAAAACAAGUGGGAGCAGAAUAUUCUCAUCAUCUACAUUAAUAGAGAGCAGAACUGGAGCAGUUAACUAGAAAUAGUGAAUGCUCUGGAAAAUAUUAUUAUUGUAUAAUUUUCUGUCGAGUUGUAUGUAGUACUUUCUUUUUAUAUGGUGGUUUUGAGUCUAGGAAAUUUCACAUUAUGAGAAGAAAAUGUUUUCUUGUUCCAUAUUAUUUCCAUAGAAUUUUUUUGUGCGGUUGACUUAUAUUCUGAAAUCAAUUCUCUUUCUUUUUAUUUUUGUCUGUUUCGAUUGUCUGCUUUUGAUUGUAAAUAUCUUAUGAUGAUGGGCUGUACAGUCAGUUUCAAACUACUGUUACUACUACUACUUGCUGUUGCUGAACCUCACGGUCUACCGAGCAGCUUUGUCGCACUUUGCUCUGAAGCAGUAACGAGCAAGUUUUGAAGGAUUGAGAGGGUAAGAACGUGAUACUGAUGAGGAAGAAGUGUGCAGUGACUGAGGGUCAUGACACCAUCUUAAGGGGUGUGAAAUGGCCAGAGUACAGACAGAACAGAAGAUUUUAGCACUAUUCAAGCAGUCAUUUCUUGAUAUUAGGUGACUAUUAUGUCGAACAGUACCGUAGUUAAUGUGUACAUUGGAUAUCUGCUCGUGUUUGGAGGGCUCGGAAUAAUGUUUGCAUAAGAAGUGCCCUGCUGGUUAAGAAUGGAGUUGAACAUGAAGAUGGCUGUCUUCUGGCAUGUUGCACCAUGUAGUCUGGUAGAUAUUGGCUUAGAGAAGCUUACUGCCUGCAUAUGAUGGAAAUUUGAGAUUGCCAUCUUCAUACUCAUGAGAAUCUUAAAUCUCACAAAGUUGAAUAAUGUGGGGACCAUUGAUUCCACUUGCUUUAGUAACACAGUGUGUAUGAGGUAAUGCAAGGAAGCACUGUUAGUUGCUGCAAGGAGAUUUUACUUCCAAACCUUGAAUAGUCACGAAAUAGUGAAAUACUUUUUUCGCAAUGAUUUGUUGAGAUUUAUUAUUUGUGUCUUUGCACCCUGUCCAUGUCUGUCACAUUUUUGAGCAACAAUUGGGCUGUGGGAACACAUCGUAGUACAAAAACUGAAGCGAUAUCAUUGGUGAAAGGCACUGUGCAAUGAUGACCUCAGAUUAAUGCAGUAGUGACUGAUGUGGUAUGAAGUACUCUUUUGGAAUGUCAUUGUACUCCAAUCUUGUUUCGGUGAUGGUACCGUAUUCUGACUGCAGUGUCUGAAAACCUGGCAAACCUGCCUCUGGUACAAUGAAGUUACCUGGAAGUCAUUUCACUUUGUAUCCACAGCACAAUAUCAUUCACAAGAUAAGUACAGGCAUACCUCGCUUUAUUGCGCUUCGCAGAUAUUGCGUUUUUUUUUUAUAAAUUGAAGGUUUGUGGCAAUCCUGCAUCGAGCAAGUCUAUCAGCGACAUUUUUCCAACAGCAUGUGCUCACUUCAUGUGUCUGUGUCACAUUUUGGUAAUUCUCGCAAUGUUCUCGCAUUGUUUUUUUAGACAUAAUGCUGUUGCACACUUAAUAGACUACAGCAUAGUGUAAACAUAACUUUUAUAUGCACUGGGAAACCAAAAAAUUCAUGUGACUCGCUUUAUUGCAGUGGUCUGGAACCGAACCCACAAUAUCUCCAAGGUAUGCCUGUAUGUAUAAUUCAUGUUUUAGUAGUUUUUUUUAAAUUUUUUCCAUGGAAAGGCUAUUUCAUUUUGACACUGUAUCAGAUCUUUUGAAGUAUUUAUCAAUGCACAAUUUGUAAUGAGAGGCUGUAAAUAUAGCAUGGUCCAGAAUGUUUUCAUAAGUAUGCAUCUGA